UACCCGUCCCCUCGCCCCGUCCGCACGGGGACCCAUGCCUAUAUAAGUCGAAGCCUCGCCCGGUCGCGGCUACAAUCACGCUCUGUUCGCGUUCACUCGAAGGUCGAGCUGGAGAACGACGUGUCCAGACGCACACGCACGUUUCCUUCCGCCAACCGCCAGUGACUCGCAAUCGUGAGCGACGAUUAGAGUUCGACGAACCGACAGUGCGAUAGUACGAGGAGGUCGCGUUCGCGGUAAUAGGCCGAUACGCGGUUGUCAAGUGAAGUUUUGACUGUGCCGCGAGAAAAAGGAUUAACCAUGCAGAUGCACGAGCAGAUCAUUAUAGCCGAUGGGCAGGAGCAGCCGAUCUCCAGGACGUACCAGUAUCGAAAGGUGAUGAAGCCGAUGCUGGAGCGCAAACGCCGCGCGCGCAUCAAUCGCUGCCUGGACGAGCUGAAGGAUCUGAUGGUGACCGCGCUGGCCGGCGACGGCGAGAACGUGGCGAAGCUGGAGAAGGCGGACAUCCUGGAGCUGACGGUGCGUCACCUGCACAAGCUCCAGCGCCAGCAGCGUCUCUCGGCGAACCCGGUGAUCGACGCCGACCGCUUCCGCGCCGGCUACACGCACUGCGCAAACGAGGUCAGCCGCUGCCUGGCCGCCACCCCGGGCGUCGACGUCGCCCUCGGCACCAAGCUGAUGACGCACCUCGGGCACAAGCUCAACUCCAUGGACAAGACCGGCCCGUUGACCAUCCACGUGACCGCGCCGCAAUCCUCGCCGUCGUCCACCAGCGAGCUCAGUGCCGACGAGUACCCGAUGCCGCUGACGCCGGCGUCCAGCCAGCCGUCCCCGGUGCGAACCGAUAUCGACGCCGUCUCCCAGAGCCACCAGGGUCUCCUGCAGGUGGCCAAGCCGAACGAGCCCAUCUGGCGGCCCUGGUAAACCCCCGCGGCGCCCUGACACGGCGGAGAAACUCGCCGCGGUUUCUGAGUGAACCGGCGAAAAGGGGAGAUCUCGAAUCCGAAGGGAUUCACCGACGCUCGACGCCGGUGUUGCAAUCUCGUCUGUGAUCUGAGCGGAACGGACGCCGCCGCGGAGGAGGAAGAGCGAAGAGACCGUCUCGUCUACACCCCGUGCGACACACAAAGAUCACCUAGGCUUAAGGGGAGUUCCACUUGCUCAAAGGCACUCGGACCGACUCGAGGCGGGUGUGUCGUGCACCACCAGCGGACUCGGCGAUGUCCCGCGGGAGUCGGACAGCACCUGGGAUCUCGAUACGUAGUUUUACUCGCGGCCAAGCGCGGCUGAAGCUUUAAUUUACUCGACAGUUAGAUGUUUUCUAUUGUUUAUUUCAUACUUUUAUCGAGGAUGUUUUUUUUUCUUUGAAUUUUCUCACCGACGGUAACGUUGUUGUAUAAGUCUUUCCACCGGUCGACAACAUCGGACGUGGGACAACGACGACGGGCGGCCCCCACGGGGGGCGGCGAUCUCGGUGAUCCCGCGAAGCGCGCGUCCGUUUGUCACAUCGCGUGACGCGAACGAUAUAUGUAUAAAUGACCGAGCGGAGGAUCUUGUGAUAGAGAAACGUGUACCUGUGAUAUUUACUGUAGUAGACGUAGAGAAUGAUAGUAGAUUUUUAAUAAACAUGUUUCGUAUCA